AGCAGCUUUCCUUUGCUUGGGAAAUGAAAGUGAGAUUUCAAAGCAGACUUUUGUCACAAUGGCAUCUAGCAAACAAUCUGGAGAUUAUACAGAAGAAUUCAUUUGCCCUGUCUGUCUUGAUCUGUUAAAUAUUCCAGUGAUCCUGGAAUGUGGGCAUAACUUCUGCAAGACAUGCAUUGACCAUGUCUGGAACAGUGAGGAACAACCUCACUGUCCAGUGUGCAGAACGGAGUUCCUGGACAGAAAGUACACUGUGAACCGACAGCUUGCAAAUAUGUUUCACUGGAUUCAGACUCAGGGAGAGAAAACAAAAGAGCCAAACCCUGGGCAGACAGACAGUAACCAACUCUGCAAGGAUCAUAAAGAAAGACUGAAGCUGUUUUGUGAGAAUGAUGAAUGUUUGGUUUGUUCAUUGUGUGUUCCCAAACAUCGUGGCCACAACUUCCUGAAUGUGCUGGAGGCAGUCAGUAUAUAUAAGGACAUUUUUCUAACUGCCAGAGAUUCCCUGGAAUCAAAACUUAAAGAACUUACAGAACUCCAAACCAAGCAGGAAUACAAGAUCUCUCAUAUCCAGGCUACAUCCCAGAGUUUACAACACCGUAUUACAUCCAAAUUUAUCAGGUUGCAUGAGUUUCUCUGGGACAAGGAGCACCAACUGAUCCAACAGCUUAAAGAAGAAGGAAAAGAAAUUUUGGAAAAAAUGGAUGAAAACCUGAGGAAAAUUAAAGAGAUGAGUGAAGUUAUUCAGAAGCAGAUAUCAAACAUCCAGUUAAAACUGCAAGAAGAUUAUCUACUUUUUCUCACAGGGAUCAAGGAUGAAACAGAAAGGAUAGUGAAAAGUCAGGAGGAAAAAACUGAUGUAGCACUUGUUUCUCAAGACUUGAAUUUGGGUGUGUACCAAGGCCCUCUGCAGUACACGGUUUGGAAAGAAAUGCUGUCCAUCCUCAGCCCUGGAUUGUCUCAUCUGACCAUGGACCCUGUCACAGCACACCCUAGCCUUAUUCUUUCUGAGGACCUGACUACUGUGAAGCACAGUGACAUUAGACAGAAGCUCCCUGAUAACCCUGAGAGGUUUUUUCGCUGUGUAUCUGUGUUGGGAUCAAAGGAAUUUAGUUUGGGAGUACACUACUGGGAGAUGGAGGUGGGGAGCAAAAGUGAAUGGACUGUGGGUAUUGCCAGAGAGUCCAUCAGCAGGAAGGAGAACAUCACGCUGAGCCCUGAGAAUGGAUACUGGACUGUAGGUCUUUGGAAUGGGAAUGAGUAUGAAGCACAGGAUACUCCACCCAAAUAUCUCAACCUAAAUGUGAAACCUGAGAGAAUCGGCAUUUACCUGGACUAUGAGGGGGGACAGGUGUCAUUUUAUAAUGCCGAUAACAUGUCCCACAUGUACACCUUCACUGCCACAUUCACUGGGAGACUCUACCCUUACUUCUGUCCUCAUCUUAGUGAUAAAGGUAAAAAUGUAGAACCACUGAAGCUGUUUCACUUGAAACUCUAAUGUGAUUGUGGCUGUAUGAAGAGUUACUGACAUGCAAAUUGGUGUUAUAUCUAUAUUUCUGUGUAAAAUAUGCCAGGCACAGUGACAAAGUAAAAAUAAUUCAUUUUACAUAUUUGAAUGAAUGAUAACAUGCAUUUACUAGAAGUGCACCAACUAACAAAUUAUCUGUGGAUAAUAAAACAGUGACUUCAAGUACUUUUAUACAGCUACUCUUCUGCUAAAUAAAGUUUAUUGCUGUUAGAUCACUAAGCAGUAAGUUUCCGAGUUACAUGACUCCUAA